GUGUUGUGAAUCGCGAUGAGUUCGAGGCCCCUUUGGUUCUCCUGCCAACAACAACAACCCAAGUGGAGAGCUCCACCUCGGUCUCUCUCUCUCGCGCGGCCCCAAUGCUCUCCAAAACCUGCUCGUUAAUGGCGUCCUUGCCCUGCUCCUCACCUAGGGUGAGAGGGAAACCAUCUAUGUGGCCGAGUGUGAGAAAGGACUGGUUUGGGAAGAAUUUGUUAUAUGGUUUUGGGAGCCUAUUACUGAGACCUUUGAGAACUCUGCAUGGAGUUGGUAAUUUAUUCGGUGCAGCCCGGUCUAUGUGUAACAUUACAAAUGUGGCAUCCUCAUUGCAAAUUGAACUGGUGCCAUGCCUCCAAGAUAAUUACGCUUAUCUUCUCCAUGAUGUUGAUACAGGGACGGUUGGAGUUGUGGACCCUUCUGAAGCUGUACCAGUUAUAAAUGCACUCCAACGGAAGAAUCAGAAUUUGACAUACAUACUAAACACUCACCACCAUUAUGAUCAUACUGGUGGCAACUUGGAACUAAAAGCUAGAUAUGGAGCAAAGGUUAUUGGUUCGGGGAAGGAUAAAGAUAGAAUUCCUGGAAUUGACAUAGCUCUUCAUGAUGGCGAAACGUGGAUGUUUGCACGUCAUCAGGUGCUUGUAAUGGAAACUCCUGGGCAUACACGAGGUCACGUGAGCUAUUAUUUUCCUGGAUGUGGAGCAGUAUUUACAGGGGAUACCUUGUUUAGCUUGUCAUGUGGCAAACUAUUCGAAGGAAACCCAGAACAGAUGCUCUCCUCUCUUCGAAAGAUCAUGUCUUUGCCAGACGAUACUAACAUAUAUUGUGGGCAUGAGUAUACACUGAGUAAUUCGAAGUUUGCGCUGUCCAUAGAACCCGAAAAUGAAGAACUCCAAGAAUAUGCAGCACAGGUAGCUCAUCUCCGCAGCAAGAAACAGCCAACGAUUCCAACAACACUGAAGAGGGAAAAACAGUGUAAUCCAUUCUUGCGCACAUCCAGUCCAGAAAUCCGGCAGAAUUUGAGAAUUCCAGCAACCGCCAGUGACGCGCAAGCCUUGGGCGUGAUCAGACAAGCAAAGGAUAACUUUUGAUACACUUUUUACAGGGGUCUAUCAAUACACAAGUUUGUAAUACCUCUUUUACAUUAGAUAAAUGCUAUCAUGUAUGUAGUUAUGGUCAUCAUAAUCUAUAAGUGCGGAUAGAUUUACACAGAUGAGAACUUCAGAGAUUAUUCUUCUUGAUUUGGGAGCGUUAUUCUUUAUUCGCGGAGUGAAUAAUAAAUAGAUCGAUUUGUUUGCUUGUUCUGUUUCCA